GAAAGUAAGAGAUGUGGGGCUAGAAUCGUCGACCGAGAAUGGACUACGUUGCUCAUUGAUCAUGAACGUAGUUGGCCUGCCAGAUCCCGCGCUCGGAGUCGUCAAGACAGUCGCGGGGGGGAGGGGGGGUGUGAAGCGUGUGCGGCCAAGCCGUUGUAUGUAAAUGUGAUAGCUGAAGUUUCCAUGGAUCAUCAGGCUCUUUCAUUGGCGUGCACGGAUAGGCACGGCUCGGGAUGUCCCGUGACGCACUUGAGUAACGAACGAACUCGAGGCUCUGGCGGUCGCCACAUACCCCGAAAGGCCGAUCCUGAUGCGGAUACUGGGAGCCCAAAGGGUGGACGGUCGGCUGAAUUG